AAUCGAUCAAAUGCCGCCCACACCACGUGACUUCCGUUGGUUGCGCCUUUAGCGUCGUUACCAAGGUAACCGGAUUUCAACAGUGACCUGGUAGAGAUGGCUCGGUCCCUGGCGAAGAACGUGAUUAAAAUAAUCGUGGAUGAAAUAGUGCGGGAGUGUGAACGGAGAGGAGCCGCGGUCACGGAGCCGCUGGUGUUGUUUAUGGUGAAAGCGGUGGCGCAGGACCCCAGGAACCAGUUUGAAUAUGGCCAGCUGCUGAGCAGUCAGGAUGUCCAGAAGCUUAAAGAGCUCUGUGUGGAGAGACUGACGGAGAAGUGCAGCCCUGCUUUGGACACCAUCAAGAUGCAGCUGAACUUUGAUGGGAGUUAUACUCCUCGACAGGAUUUUCUGGAGGAGAUCCAUCAGGCUCUGGAGUCCCAACUGGUCCAGAUCACCCGUGAGAUCACUGAUGCCAGAGCGAUGACCAGGGAGGAGUUAGAGACCGUCUACCAUCAAGUAGUCUUCUACACCCUGCUGUGCUCUGCCAUGGGCUCACCUGCAGACACCAACGCGGUGCACGAAGCUACAGCUGCCCUCCAGAGCGUCUUCCCACAGACGGAUCUGGUGUCCUUCCUGGAUCUGUCCAAACGAGACAAGGAGCAGCGGCUGCAGGAGCUCGCUGCACUCGUAACGGGCGUCAGGCUCUUCAUGGGAGCCAGCAGUAGAGAGGAGGAGCAGUUCGACAUCUUUCAGUCAAUGCCUGCUCUCACAGAAACCCUUGAAGUCGCCUCCAAAAGCAUCAAAAAGGAGCUGAGUUUGACGGAGACGUUGGUGUGGAAAUACACAGCCGUCCUGGAGGAUGCGACCCGGCCCGACCCAGAGUGCAGACAGCAGGACGUGUCCAUCGUCCUGCUCAGACAGGCUUUGUACAACGUCAGGCAGCAUCAGGCCUUCCUCCGAGUAUUACAGAAUGAUGCAGACUUGUGCGUCAGCCAUGUUGAGACCCUACGGACUGAACUCUCAGCUCAGAUGAAACUGCUCAGAGAAACCGUCCAAUCAAGGGCAGCCGUGCUGAAGUCGGUGGUCUACCCCUUGUUGAAAGACUUGUCCAAAUUAUGGCGUGAGCUUCAGGAUGAAGCGGCGCUGUUGAACAAACUCGAUGACAUCACUCUCAGUCUUCAGCCCUUCAUCACCUCACAGGCCACCAUGUUUCCUGAAACGUAUCUGGACAGCCUGGUGGAGACAGCAGAGUUGAAGACAGAUGAGCAGAGACUGGCGGAGACUGGCCAUGAACGCAUGGAUCCAGCUCAGAUGGAGACGCAGGAAUGGCUCACGUCGGAAACAACCACCAACCUUACUGGCUUACCUCUACAGUAUAAUGGAUUCUGUGGUUACACACUCGUCCACAGGGAUGGCCUUUUGCUUCCAGGUACUGAAAACACCAGGCAAGGGACAGCCCUCUGGUUCACGCCGUCUCCAUGUGCUGCUGAUGAACGUGCUCUUUCUGCAGGUAAUCCACAGAUUGGAGUCCUGAAACACAAGGAGAUGCUCUUUGCUUUCAGCUCUAAAGAAGCAGCCUUGAAAUUUGCUUCAUGUCCAGAUGACGUUAUUGCAGGAGUGAUGACAACAUCUAAACACUUCCCUGAACUCCUGAAGCUCCUCAAUCUCCAUCAGCAGCCGCUCUGUGUCCAUCCAAAGUCUGAGGUCCAGUCUGAGGAGAGCUUACAGGAGAUGGCCAUCACCAGGAGUGACAGUGGGACUCAGACUGACAUCCAUCCCAUAAUAGCAAACAUUGACCGACUGUAUCAGUGGAACGAGUGGGAGCACCGAAGAAAAGCUAUCAAACUAGCUGACCUCCGGACUAAAGCCACCCACUCGACGCAGACGGACUUGAGCUACAUGAGGCGGGAGAGCAGCACUCAGACCUGGCUUCCUAAGGAAGCCUCCACUCAGACCGGGAAAGGUGAUGGGAGCAGUGUGCCCAGACCUCUGACCUACCUGGCAGGUCUGAGUGGCCCAAAAAAUGCUCCACUUAUCAGUUUCAACCUUACAAGGCCUGUAGAUGAGUGAGGACGCUGUCCACACACAAUAAAGUUCUUCGCAAUAACGUUA